GUAGGAAACUAUUUGUAAUGUAUGAUUAUAUAUAAAACCACAGACCUCGACAGUUUGUGGACAUUCCGGAGUGAACAUGGCAGUUAGCAACUUCCUUCUGGUACUGGGUUUCUCUUGUGUUGGCUUGACUUUCUCUGUCAGUGGUAUACAAAACGAGAAAUGGCAUGAUGCCGGAAGUACUUUGAAAUCCGUCAAAAAACUCACUACCGGUGAUAAACUUCGGGUGCAGGUGGAGCUUCUUCUCUCUCCGGAAACUCAAGUUGAGUGGAUAGUGGACCAAACCAUCAUUGGAUCAAAUGAAGGCACAUUUGGCACUUCGACUACAAAGCUUGAUAACAGUGUAAUAUACACCAUAGAUUUGUCAACUCCCGUCAAAUACCUCGAGCUUAAAUCUGUCAGCAGAGGAAAUGUCUUGACCAGAUAUACCAUUAACGUAAAUUCAGACAAUUCAUCAAGGUAUUUCGAUGACAGAGCUUGUCAGGCAUCUAUGUCGAACAUCAACAGUACCUCAUUUGCUGCAUAUUUUCGGUGUUUCCCGGAAUUAGAUUCUAGAGACUCUUGGUAUCAGAGCAUGGCGGUUUUUGAUAGGAUUCAAACUGACAAAGUAGGCUACAGUACUCUACAAGGGGAACCCAAUCCUUACUUUAACUUAACUUUUGAACGAAAUACAAUUGCCAAAGGAAUCGUUGUAUUCUCGGACCUAAUUUUGGAAAUGGGUAAAACCUUCAUGUUUCUGGAUAGUUUUCUUACCUUGAAUAUUGACGACACACUGAAUUCUAUUACAUACGCGUAUUUACAAGAUAUCAGCUCUAUAAAAACAGAGAAAGAGUUCGAGUUCCUGAACACUUUCCCGGAUUCCGAAAUUUCUGAGGGGAAAACUGUAACAAUAUUUUGUGAAGCACUGGGUAGAAGCCCUCCUUCAGUAAGAAUGAAGAGAAACGGGAUGACAAUAUCAGAAUCAGAUGGCGUGUACAUCGCUAGCAGAAGGACGAGUCUUUGGUCAACAUUCUAUGUUACUUUCCUUCACGCUUCAAAGGAAAUUGAGGGGAACUACUCCUGUGUAGCAGAGAGUGAAAGCAGGACAGCUUAUCAAUCAUAUAGGGUAGAAGUAAAACCUAUAGUUUGCUGGGAUCUUAUGAUUGAUUUCAAUGUUACGGACGAGACAAGUCCCCUAGUGGUCGAAGGAUCCAAAGGCGUCAAUGUUGACUGCUCCAAUUAUGAGAACGAUAACGUCACUUUUGACACGAUUAAACGGACGGCCUUAACCCAAUGGACAGAGCGAUUAGAGGUCACGAUCCCACGCUCAGCUUUCAAGAUGAGGCGGAUUGACUGUACAGCAACAGAUAAAAACGGAGAAAUUUCAAUUGAAUUGUAUUAAAUAACCGGGGAUACAUUCAAGCUUGAACUCUUAUAUAAACUUGAAAAUUUUAAACAUAAAUAAAGGAUUGCAUACUGCUUUAUUGAUCACUGUUUUCUUACA